AAGUGAGCUUCAGAUUCAAGAGCGUGCAGCAUGGAGAUCAAAACAGCCGUAGUUAUUCACACUUUGAUGUUGAUCUUAGGAGGCAUAAGAGAAUGUCUGGCAACAAAGUAUCUUAAAGUGGCAGAAGGAGAAACAAUGGUAUUGAAAUGUCCUCGAAAAAACUUCAGUGAGAAUGGACACAUGGAGUGGAGAAAUCCACAAGGUCAUCUUUUGUUCUUUAACAACGAAAAAGCGCUAAGAGACCCAAGAAGCAGCGUUUUUACUUUAAACAACUCUGAAUACACAUUACACCUGUCCAACGUUACGUUAAAAGAUGAAGGGCUUUAUAAAUGUCUACUGUAUGACAAUUAUGUCAUUUCAAAAAGAUUUAAAGUAAAAGUAUUGGGAAUGCCAAAAAUAGAAAUGGCCGAGUUUAAAGAUAAAACAAUCAUCAAGUGUUCAGCAGAAGCGAAUGGCCACCCACCUGAACUCUCAUGGCAAAUCAGUGGGGUUGAAAUCGAAGCUCUACCCAAUACCUUGCGGGAGGAAAGAUCCAACAGGUCACUUGCAGUUAGCGUCAUAACAGUCAAAACUCAUAUCAGGACAGCAACGGUGAUGUGCCUGGCAAAACAUAGCGAUCUCCCAAAACAACUGAUACAUUUCGUCACUAUUGAAAAUCACUCUAUUACGGCCUCCACGACAAGGUACUCCAGUACUAGAGAUGAGCUAAAAACUGACACAAUGAUCACAGCCACUUCUGCUCCUGCCAUUAGCAGUACAGCACACAUGGAACUGUCAUCAACUGUCAUCAAAGCCGUCACUACCUCAAACAGCAUACAAGCAGAGGAACAUUCCACAACAAUAGAUAUAAGCUUGAUAACACACAACAUAAGCUCUUCAGAAUCAAACUCACCUGAUGAAUUCCUGACCAAAAAUGCCACCAACUUACAAGAUUUUGACAAACAUCGCGAUCUAAAGGAAAGCUCACCCCUGCUGAUCCUGCUGGUCACAUGCCUUGUUAUAUGUUUGCUUAUUGUAGUCAUCUUCUUUGUGAUCAGACUGCGAAGGGCACAUCUAGCCUGGAAAAAAGAGAAUGAAGAAUCAGACCAGUCUGUGGAAAGCAGCAAAUCAAAAUCCAGUCAUCAUGAAGAAAAGCAUGCCCAGGAAAGGAGAAGACAAGGUUUUUGGAACUCAAAUUUCACAGAAUACAAAGUGGAAGAAACGUCACAGAAUACAGCAAAUUCAGUGGCUACAGUAGAUGUGAUCACUGAAACACAAGACAAUUCAACAGAAGCUUGUAACAAACUUGGCAAAGCUUGUGUCAAGGAGACUGAACUUUAGAGGAAAAUUCAGCAGGUUCUGAAUCCUCAUAAAAGACUGAACUGAUUUUGCAGUUCUGUUAUGAACAAUGGUGCUCACUAAAAGAUGAUGAAUAUAGCUGCCAAUUUUUGUAUAUACUGUUUGUACAGUUUUUACUUUUUUCAGUCGUUGCUGGUUUACAUUAUUUUUAUACUGAAUGUAAAGAAGUGUUUUAUUAUAAUGUGUUUAUAACUUUGAAGUGUUCCCUUGAUAAAACUGGAAUAAACGGCCAUGGCAUUUCAUUGUUAUAUUAAAAAUGUGUCUUUUUAACCUGAAAUGGUUGCUGCUUUCCCUAUUAUCAAGGUUUGGCCUUCUGACAUUCAAAAGUCAGUAUGCCUUUUUUUUAUAAAUAGUGCAGAAAAUUAAAUAAACUAUUUCAUGUAACAUGGAUGUUAUGCUUGGCGAUUCUUCAGAAGCAUGAAAAAAAUAAAAAUGUUGAUAACACUUUA